AUGCCCGAGAACAGCUCCUUCUCCAACUGCUGCGAGCCCGACGGGCGGGCCGUGCGCCCGGGCUGGCCCGGGGCUGGCGGCGCGCGGCCCUCCGGCACCCCCCGGCCUCCCUGGGUGGCGCCCGCGCUGGCCGCCGUGCUUAUCGUCACCACCGCGGUGGACAUCGUGGGCAACCUCCUGGUCAUCCUCUCGGUGCUCAGGAACCGCAAGCUCCGGAACGCAGGUAAUUUGUUCCUGGUGAGUCUGGCAUUGGCUGACCUGGUGGUGGCCUUGUACCCCUACCCCCUAAUUCUUGUGGCCAUCUUCCAUGAUGGCUGGGCCCUGGGGGAAGUGCAUUGCAAGGCCAGUGCCUUCGUGAUGGGCCUGAGUGUCAUCGGCUCCGUCUUCAACAUCACCGCCAUUGCCAUUAACCGCUACUGCUGCAUCUGCCACAGUGUGGCCUACCACCGGAUCUGCCGGCACUGGCACGCCCGCCUCUACAUCUGCCUCGUCUGGCUGCUCACUGUGGUGGCUCUGGUGCCCAACUUCUCUGUGGGGUCCCUGGAGUACGACCCGCGCAUCUACUCCUGCACCUUCAUCCAGACAGCCAGCGCUGAGUACACGGCUGCAGUGGUGGUCAUCCACUUCUUCCUCCCCAUCGCCGUCGUGUCCUUCUGUUACCUGCGCAUCUGGGUGCUGGUGCUCCAGGCUCGCAGGAAGGUCAAGUCAGAGAACAAGCUGCGCCUGAGGUCCAGUGACGUCCGGAGCUUUCUAACCAUGUUCCUGGUGUUUGUGAUCUUCGCCAUCUGCUGGGCCCCACUCAACUGUAUUGGCCUCGCUGUGGCCAUCAACCCGGAAGAAAUGGCUCCCCAGGUCCCAGAGGGGCUCUUUGUCACUAGCUACUUCCUGGCUUAUUUCAAUAGCUGCCUUAAUGCCAUCGUCUAUGGGCUGCUGAACCAGAACUUCCGCAAGGAAUACAAGAACAUUGUCUCAGCCUUCUGGAAACCACGGCACUGCUUUCAGGACACCUCCAAGGGGAGCCAGGCUGAGGGGCAGCAGAACCAAGCUCCACCUGUUGUUAAUGCCCUGCACCCCAUCCAGGCAGACGCUCUGGAGCCUGAACAAACUCAUGAAAUGGUGGGAGUGAGUCUGCUCCAAGGGUGAGGUCAAGCGGCCUGCUGGGCCAUGCUGUCCUGUUUGCAUGACAGUACACGGCACGUGGAACUUCAUCCUGUGGACCAGAAGCACAUUAGCACCUUUGGUUCCUGCUGGUCAGGGGAAUGCCUACAGGUACUGGCUGCCACAUCCUAGUGAGCCUGGCACUGGACCAGGCAGACACUCUCCCAGUGGUGCACUGGGGGCUUGGUAUAUGCAAGGACUGAGGAAGGAACAGGAUAAGAAAAGGCCUGGGCAGAAAAGGGCAGUUCUUUUCAUGGGCUGCCCUCUCAUCCUCGUGCUUUGGCCUCCUUGCUGCUUUCUUUCUUUCCCCCGAGGGGCGGCAGGAAUGGAUUUCUUCCUGUUAGCAAGGAUGAAAGCGCAAGCUCUUCAGUGCUGGAAGGUUUUUGAGGAUGAACAAGGGGCCAACAAAAUGAGAGACUUGAGGAAAACCCAGGACACCGGGCCAGAUACAUACUCACGUGGAAUCACCUCACUUUUUGGGCGUGAGUUGAAAGAAAGACAAUUUCACUUUAAUGUGUGGGAACUCUCCAUCCUUUACCUCCACGUCUCUGGACUAUCUGGUCAAAGGUACCACCUUGCACCUUCCUCCUCCUCUGUAUUAGUUUGCUGCAGCUGCCAUAGGAAAGUACCACAGAGUGGGUGUCUUAGUCAAGAGGAAGUCGGGUUCCUACCUUCAGAAUGUUUGAAGCUAGUGUUGGACAGAAUCUAACUAAAGCUGCAACAAAGACUAGACCCAGGUAACCAGAGGUUAGAUUAAGGCAGACCCCGUGCUAGACACCUGAUGGGAGAACGGGUGUGUCCUUUCCUGGGGAUACAUGAUUUCCAUUUCAGUUUUGACUAUUCGUUUCACAAAGUGGCUGGCACACAAUAAAAAAACAUUAUGAGACAUGCAAAGAGGAAAGGAAAUGCGACCCCAGGAUGAGAGAAGAAUCAUCAAUAAAAGGAGACCUAAAGAUUAUGCAAAUGUUCAAAUUAGAAGAUAAGGACUUUAAAAUAACUGUGAAAAAUAUGUUCAAGGAUGUAGCAGAAAAGGUGGACAGCAUAUGUGAUGGGAGUUUUAGUAUAGUAAUGAAAACUGUGUUU